AUGAGUUUCCUCGACUCCGUUCUCUCAUCUCUCCAGACUGGCAAACCUUCUCAACUGCCAACCUCAACGCCCCCCGCUCCUCCUGCUACCUCUUCUACCAAGCGAGAUGACCGCAAUUUGAGUUCUGCGCCCCGGCAGCCCAACCCGAGCGCAAACGCCAAUGGAGGUAUCAAGCGCAAAGCCGACGAUCAGCUUCCUCGCCCCGACGCCUCGAAAAUCACAAAGUCGCCCGUACCUCGGCCGCUAGCCACACCAGCAGCCUCCAGAGUCGCAAAUAAGCCGGCAGCUGCCUCUACCUCUAAGCCAGUUCCCAAGAACGGCGCAUCUGGCACUGCUACAGCAGCCAAGAAACCUUUACCAGCCAGACCAGCACCAGCUAAAUCCGCCCCGGUCAGAUCUGCGCCUGUCAAGCCUGUCAAGCCCGCUGCUCCUGCCACUCCUGCCGCUCCUUCGAAAGCGCCACCAAAGGGCUCAUUUGCCGACAUCAUGGCAAAAGCCAAGGCCAUGCAGGAAAAAGCUCCCACUAAUCUGCUUACCUUUAAACACCAGACCGCCGCAAAGGACCCGUCGAGCCAUCGAGGCCUGAAGAAGCGGAUGGGCGAAGCGAAGACGAAGGCCAAGGUCGAGGCGCAAGGAAAGAAGUUCACCCCUAAAUCAUCAUCUGCAACACGCUUUGGCAAAAAGCCAUCUGCAGAACCUCCAUCCCGCAAAUCAUCCGAGGGUCCGACCUACAAAGGCACUGCGAAGCCAACAACUCAGACUCCCGAGCCCCCCUCUUACCGUGGGACAGCAGGCCUACCUGGCAAGAACGGUGGCAAUGACCACCGCCGCCAGCAGGGCAAGCGUCGUAUGAAUGAGUAUAUGGGAACCGACGAAGAGGACGAAGGAAACUAUGGAGGUUAUGAAGAUGACUUCUACUCCGAUGCGUCCUCUGAUAUGGAGGCUGGCUUUGAUGAUGUCGAGGAGGAGGAAGGUGCUGCUCUGAAGAGGGCUCGCAGAGAAGAUGAGGAAGAGCUGCGCAUGGAGAUGGCCGCUAAGCAGGAGAAGAUGGAGCGGCAGAAGCGACUGGCUGCCCUUGCGUCUCGAAGACGCUGA